GUUGUCGUGCGUGAAUUAUCGGCAGAUCAUGAAAGGGAGGCUGCCAGUGCUUCCCAUAGGAAUGUACAGCUUCAGGAACAAAUUCGAGAGCUGACUGCAACUGUCGAAAAUUUGCGUGCGGAAAUGGAGCGGUUAUCACUCGAUAAGCAAACUGUUGAAGAUUUGUUAGAGUCGGCGAAGAGCUCACUUAAUGCUCGGCAAAAGAUUGUUGAGGAUCUAGAGGUUCAGCUGGAAGAGGCUAGAGCGUCAUCACGACAGUCAGCUGAAAGUUAUCGCAUUGAUGAUGUCACGUUGCGCCAGCUGUUUCUAAGUUACUUCACUGCAGCUCCAGAUAAGCGUGCGGAUAUCGCCCUUACUACUGGCAAGUAUUCUUCAGUAUCCGCCCGAAGACGUUCAUAA